UCCACGGGAAUUACAGCGCGAGUGGGAUACGGCCGGGCCGCCACCGCCUCCUCCGCGGGUGGUGCCCGCGCGCGGCCCCGGAAGCGGACGGCGGGGCGGGGCGGUCCCGGAAGCGUGGGGCGCUGCGCCGGCGGUUGCCAGGGCGGCGCGGUAUUAUGGGAUGCGGCGGGGGAAUGGCGCGGGGCGCGUGAUUUUGAACAAACGCGGCGGCGGGAUCGGCGCGGGCGCGGCCGCCGCCGCCGCGGCCGCCGGGAGCGGCACCGGGGGGCGCCGGCACCGGCCAGAGGCAUUGCUAGCGGAGGAAGGAGAAGAGCGCCCGCCCGCCCGAAGCUCUUCAACUUGUUAUGUUACAACACCUGAGACUUCAGAGAUCUGAGCAGCCUGCAUUUGAAGUGACCCACGUGGUAUUGGAGCAGGGAUGAAGAUGUCACAGAAAUUCCUGUUUCUCCUGUUGAAUUGAUCUCAACUCAAAAUCUUAAUGUGGAAUUUAAUUCCACAAAGUACCUGCUCCGGCCAUUGCUGCCACAGCUUCUAAAAUGGAGGUGGUUUCAGCAGAAGUGAACAGCUUGCUCCCUGAGGAAAUCAUGGACACAGGCAUAACUCUGGUGGAGGACGACAGCAUCGAGGCUGUUAUCGUGUCGUCGCCCAUGGGAGGAGAGUCCAUUCCCAUGGAAACAGAACUGGAAGAAAUAGUGAACAUAAGCACCACCAGCGACUCCUCAGCCACGACCACAGCCACAGUCACCACGGAAUCGGUUCCUGCACCCAGCAGCCACUCGGGAGAUGCAGCACUUACCACCACAACAACCCCAAGCCCUGAUGUGAAUGCAGCUGUAAAGCCUGCCUUUCCAGGUGGCCUCCAUAAACUCGGUGCUCAGACCCCUGUCACUAUCUCAGCUAAUCAGAUUAUUCUGAACAAGGCCACUGAUAUUAAAAUAGGCAGUCAGAGUAUUAAGCCGGACGGGCAAAAGCUGAUUGUAACAACUUUGGGCAAGUCCGGCCAGCCUAUUGUUUUAGCAUUACCCCACAGCCAGCUCCCGCAGUCACAGAAGGCCGUGUCCCAAGCCCAGGCUGGAGACUCCAAGGUACAAGGCCAGCAGAUCAAAGUUGUCAUUGGAGGUCGGUCGGAAGUGAAACCUGUUGUGGGUGUCUCAGCUUUGACGCAGGGGAGUCAGCUGAUAAACACUGCGGCCCAGCCCUCUGUCUUGCAGUCCCAGCAAGUAAAAACAGUACAGAUUGCGAAGAAGACUCGAACCCCAACUUCUGGCCCGGUGAUCACCAAGCUGAUAUUUGCAAAACCAAUCAAUAGCAAAGCUGUUACAGGGCAGACCACUCAAGUGUCACCAGUCAUUGCAGGUAGGGUUUUUUCACAGUCUGCUCCAGGGACACCACCAAAGACAAUAACCAUCUCAGAGAGUGGAGUCAUUGGAUCAUCUUUGAGUACAACAACACAACAGACACCGAAUAAAAUAGCUAUCUCACCACUCAAAUCCCCCAAUAAGCUAACAGUGGUGUCAGUGGCCUCCCAGCCUCCCAGCUCCCCCCAGAAGACGGUGGGCGUCCCACUGAAUGUAGCGUUAGGACAGCAGAUCCUCACAGUGCAGCAGUCAGCACCCUCCUCCCCUGGGAAGGCCAUAGUCAACCACACAACCACCCAGGCUGUGAAAUCAGCAGUGCAGACCAUUACUGUAGGAGGAGUGGGUACGUCUCAAUUUAAGACAAUUAUUCCCUUGGCAACUGCACCCAAUGUUCAGCAGAUUCAGGUACCUGGAAGCAAGUUCCAUUAUGUCAGACUCGUUACUGCCACAACAGCCAGUAGUUCAACACAAUCUGCCAGUCAAAAUCCCAGUACGAAUACUCAGCCUCUGCAACAGGCGAAGCCCGUGGUGGUGAACGCGACCCCCGUGCGUAUGUCAGUUCCCAUAGUGCCAGCACAGACUGUGAAACAGGUGGUGCCCAAACCAAUCAACUCAACUUCUCAAAUAGUCACUACCAGUCAGCCCCAACAAAGACUUAUCAUGCCAGCCACUCCACUGCCACAGAUCCAGCCCAACCUCACCAACCUCCCCCCAGGCACUGUGCUGGCACCAGCCCCUGGCACAGGAAAUGUUGGCUAUGCAGUCCUUCCAGCUCAGUAUGUCACACAGCUCCAACAGUCAUCCUAUGUAUCCAUAGCAAGCAACACUGGCUUCACAGGGACAUCCAGUGUCCAGUCCCAGGCACGGCUGCCAUUCAAUGGAAUAAUUUCUUCUGAGUCUGCAAACCGCCCCAGGAAGCCUUGCAAUUGUACUAAGUCUCUGUGUUUGAAAUUGUAUUGUGACUGUUUUGCAAACGGUGAAUUCUGCAAUAACUGCAACUGUACAAAUUGUUAUAACAACCUGGACCAUGAAAACGAUAGGCAAAAAGCAAUAAAGGCCUGCCUGGACAGAAACCCUGAAGCCUUCAAGCCCAAAAUAGGGAAAGGAAAGGAAGGAGAAUCGGAUCGGAGGCACAGCAAAGGGUGUAACUGUAAACGCUCGGGAUGUCUCAAAAACUACUGCGAAUGUUAUGAGGCAAAAAUCAUGUGUUCUUCCAUAUGCAAAUGCAUUGGCUGUAAAAAUUUUGAAGAAAGCCCGGAGCGAAAGACAUUGAUGCAUUUAGCAGAUGCUGCAGAGGUCAGGGUGCAGCAGCAGACUGCUGCAAAGACCAAGUUAUCUUCCCAGAUCUCAGACUUGCUGACAAGGCCAACACCAGCACUCAGCAGUGGUGGUGGGAAGCUGCCCUUCACAUUUGUCACCAAGGAGGUGGCCGAUGCAACCUGUGAAUGCCUCCUGGCACAGGCAGAGCAGGCGGAGAAGACGGGCAAGUCCAAAGCUGCAGCAGAGCGCAUGGUCCUGGAGGAGUUUGGACGCUGUCUGAUGAGGGUUAUCAGCUCUGCAGGGAAGUCCAAAGGUGACCCUUGUGCCAUGAACUGCUGACUCGUGCACAUGAGCCACAAUGAAGCGGACUGAACAGAACACUUAAGGCACAGGGACACUUUGGUUUAGCAUAAAGGAUGGAUUUAAUAAUAUUUGUUAAUUUGGUGCUUGUUGUAAAUUGACCCAUGUAAGAUUGAAACGAGAAAUUCUUUUAUAACAAGAUGUAGAGCCUUUUAAAUCUUAGCUAAAUCCUCUUCUAUGUCAGACAAUGCCUAAAAUUCAGUUCUUCCCAAUGUACAGCUUUUACCCUGGGUUUCUUAAAAAUUAGAUGUGUUCUCCCCUUUCUCCCAGAAUAAUUGUCUGAAGGGCAUAUAUAAAUUAUUAUAAUAUAUAUUAUUUACAGUGUAUGGAUUUGCAUCACUGUGCAUACAGGAAAACACAGGUGAUGUCAACAGCCAGGUCAUGCUUUUGCUGACAGGCCUGUAAUAUGGAGGUACCAGUGUAUCCAAGAUAAUUCAGAAAGGAAAUAGGUAGAAAUAAGCAUAUAAAUGGAAGGUAGUACUUGUAUUUAGGACCUGACACAGCAUGUCCCUGAAGUGCAUGGAGCACUGUGAGAUGCAUAGGCAAUAAUACAGAGGGGUUGCUUGCAGAUGCAGCACUGAGCAAGUGGUGGAGAAUGUUUCUGGAGCAGGGCCCAAGGAGUAUAGAGGUGAAUGGCAUUACAGGGAAUUUUUGAUAGGAAUGGGGCAGAGUGCUCAGGUGUUUCUUAAGCUGGAACUUGAAGGCUAAGAGAGUGGCCUGUCCUCAGCAGUGAGGAAGAGCAGCCACGCCACAAUGCCAGACUGUCUGCCCAGCGUAGUGUUACCUAGGUGUGUAGCAGAUUGAUGCUGUUGUUUGGGUGAAGCUUGGUUUUUCAGAGGUCUGCAGCAGUCUGAUCCCUCACUGGAAGAAGGGCUGUGCAGUCCCUUGUUUUCUGGUAUCAAGCUGUAACCUUGGGAAAGUGUUUAGGCCUGAGAAGCUGAAGUCACUGGAGAUGACAAUCUGCAUCUGAAUCGACUUGCAAAUGCAGGUAAGGGAUCAUGUUCAGCCUGCUGUGGGUAUUCAGGAUGCUGCUUCUCUCCAUGCUGGCAAUUUACUUGGCAUAAGGGCUCUUUUAGUGUUGUUUAGAAUAAUUGUGAGAGCUGUGAUCAGAGAAAGUACUAGCACAGAAUCAGGAUUGCUACAAAACCAGACACAAAUCCUUUUACACUAAAUGGGGGGCAAUCAGCUAUAGGUGGGCUCAGACUAAAGCAGGGGGUUUUUUUCAGUAUUUGCUACAGGCAAUAUCAGAUCACAUUUUUGAUAGUGGAACACAUUUGCAGAAUUAACCUGGUGGGUUACUUACCUAUCAUGAACAUCCAUUAACCAUGUUUAAUCACAGGCAUUUUUAUUACCUGUCUCACUGCAGCCUGAACUAGCUAUUUUUUUUUUCCAAAAGGGAUUUUGCAUUCCUUCUAUACAACUGUAAAUACAGAGAAAUGCAGGGCCAGGCUGGGGAGAGGUAGGGGCUAGGCACACCAGCAGCAGAGAUUUGUGCCUCUGUGUGUGAAGGCAGUAGGGUGGGAGGGUGCUUCACUUCCCAGCCCUGUGCACUGCACAGAAGGCCCUUGACCCUUCUCUGGUGCCUCCUUGAAAUGCCUGGGAGGCAUGAAGGGCUUGGGAGGCAGUCAGCAGCAGUGAUGGGCUCACAGACAGGUCUGACCUGCCUGAAGGGCUCUGUCUGCUAAGGACAUCUCCCUGAGCAUAAAUUGCAAUGUUUGUGCAAAUCUCUGAAAAGGGAAUCCACCUCUCCUGUAAGUAAAUGCCACAUUUUUUCAUUAUUAGGACUUGGAUUUACUAAAAAAUCAGUGCAGUAACUUUACCUGUAGAUAGUGCAGAUAUUCUGUUCCCUUCUAGUGACCUAAUAUAGUCUGUCCAGUAAGAUUUGUAUAAAUGUAAAUUAGUGUAAGUGAAUAAAGUAAUACCUACUUACGUUAUUUUUCAAACAGAUUGCAAUAUGCCUUUUGUUUAGACUUCAAUCUGUGUUAAUUUUGUAUAUAUUCAGUGUCUUACUCUAAAUUGCACCUUUUGUGAUGUGUAUUUAUAUACAGUGUGCAAAAGCACUUGUGAAAUUUAGAUUACAGUUGUAAUUAUGUAUGAUGGCAUUGCUGGAGAAUAUUUUGCUUGUAAAGACUUUGAAGGUGCAAUCAAAUGCUCUUAGUUCUUCUAUUUUGUUUUGAACAAGCUUUCUCAAAUAUUAAGCUUGGAUUCCUCUCUCCCUUCUCCCUGGUGUAGAGUGUAUGAAUUGGUUUUUGUACUUCCUUAGCCAUUUGCAUCAAACUGCUGGACAAGAUUAACAGUCAAGUUCAUCCAGUUACAUAAAAAAUAAUUGGGAAUGGGACAAGGAUUCAUUUUAUAGUUCUGUUUACAUCCAAAAGUAGAAAAAUUAAAUUUAUAUUUACAAGACCUAUUCAAAGAAUACACUUUUCUAUAUUGUACAAAUAAAACAGUCAGAUAAAUCACAAAAAAUAAACAUUUAUACUAUUCUGUAAAUACGA